GGCCGAAGGCGGGCGGGCAGCAGGAAGGCAGGCCGCCGGCCCCCCAGGACUCCCAAGUCACCAUCCUCCCGGGUGUCCCGUGGCCGCCUAGAUCCAGCGUCCCCCAAGCCCAGCUCGCAGAGGCCAUGCAGAAAGCCCGGGGCACGCGAGGCGAGGACGUGGGCACGAGGGCACCCCCCAGCCCAGGGGUGCCCCCGAAGAGGGCCAAAGUGGGGGCCGGCGGAGGGGCCCCGGCGGCCGGGGCCGGGGCUCCCGUCUUCCUGCGACCCCUGAAGAACGCGGCGGUGUGUGCGGGCGGCGACGUGCGGCUGCGGGUGGUGGUGAGCGGGACGCCCCAGCCCAGCCUCAGCUGGUUCCGGGAUGGGCAGCUCCUGCCCGCGCCGGUCCCCGAGCCCAGCUGCCUGUGGCUGCGGAGCUGCGGGGUGCAGGACGCCGGCGUGUACAGCUGUAGGGCCCAGAACGAGCGGGGCCAGGCCUCCUGCGAGGCUGUGCUCACUGUGCUGGAGGUCGGAGACUCAGAGACGGCUGAGGAUGACAUCAGCGAUGUGCAGGGGACCCAGCGCCUGGAGCUUCGGGAUGACGGGGCCUUCAGCACCCCCACGGGGGGCUCUGACACCCUGGUGGGCACCUCCUUGGAUACACCCCCGACCUCCGUGACAGGCACCUCAGAGGAGCAAGUGAGCUGGUGGGGCAGCGGGCAGACGGUCCUGGAACAGGAAGCGGGCAGCGGGGGUGGCACCCGCCGCCUCCCAGGCAGCCCAAGGCAAGCACAGGCAACCGGGGCCGGGCCACGGCACCUGGGGGUGGAGCCGCUGGUGCGGGCAUCGCGAGCUAAUCUGGUGGGCGCAAGCUGGGGGUCAGAGGAUAGCCUUUCGGUGGCCAGUGACCUGUAUGGCAGCGCGUUCAGUCUGUACAGAGGACGGGCGCUCUCCAUCCACGUCAGCAUCCCUCAAAGUGGACUGCGCAGGGAGGAACCUGACCUUCAGCCUCAGCAGGCUAGUGAAGCCCCGCGUCCUCGCCCUGCCCCUCCGCCUCCUUCCAAGUCCGCGCUGCUCCCGCCACCAUCCCCUAGGGUGGGUAAGAGGGCUCCUCCAGGACCCAGCGCCCAGCCCCCAGCCACCCCCACAUCGCUCCAUCGGCGCACUCAAGAGCCUGAGCUACCGGAGGACGCCACCGCGGAAGAGAAACGAGGCAAAAAGUCCAAGUCGUCUGGGCCCUCGCUGGCGGGUACGACAGAGUCCCGGCCCCAGACGCCACUGAGUGAGGCCUCAGGUCGCCUGUCGGCGCUGGGCCGCUCACCGAGGUUGGUGCGAGCCGGCUCCCGCAUCCUGGACAAGUUGCAGUUUUUUGAGGAGCGACGUCGCAGCCUGGAGCGCAGCGACUCGCCCCCAGCGCCCCUGCGGCCCUGGGUCCCCCUACGCAAGGCCCGCUCCCUGGAACAGCCCAAGUCCGAAGGCGACGCUGCGUGGGGCAUACCUGGGGCCUCUCAGGAGGAGCUGCAGGCACCACAGGGCAGUGUGGUCGAGCGGCGCCGCCUGUUCCAGCAGAAGGCGGCCUCGCUGGAUGAACGCACACGACAGCGCAGCCCUGCCUCUGAUCUCGAGCUGCGCUUUGCUCAGGAGCUGGGCCGCAUUCGCCGCUCCACUUCGCGGGAGGAACUGGUGCGCUCCCAUGAGUCCCUGCGUGCCACCCUGCAGCGCGCCCCAUCCCCUCGAGAACCUGGAGAACCCCCACUCUUCUCCCGGCCCUCUACCCCCAAGACCCCACGGGCUGUGAGCCCUGCCGUCACUCAGCCUCCUCUUCCCAGUAUUGUGGGCAAGUCUGUAGAAGAGCCUGGGAGGCCCAGAAGCCGUGGCCCUUUGGGCAGGACAGAGCCUGGGGAAGGCCCACAGCAGGAGGUUAGGCGUCGUCGGGAUCAGUUCCCACUCACCAGGGGCAGAGCCAUACAGGAGUGCAGGAGCCCUGUGCCGCCCCACAAUGCUGAUCUCCCGGAGGCCCGGACGAAAGCCCCCUCGGGUCGGAAGCGGGAGCCCCCAGCGCAGGCAGUGCGCUUUCUGCCCUGGGCCACACCGGCCCUGGAGGGCGCUGCUGUGCCCCAAACCUUGGAGAAGAACAGGGCAGGGCCUGAGGCCGAGAAGAGGCUGCGCAGAGGACCAGAGGAGGAUGGUCCCUGGGGGGCUUGGGACCGAAGAGGACCCCGCAGCCAGGGCAAAGGUCGCAGGGUCCGACCCACCUCUCCUGAGCUCGAGUCUUCGGAUGACUCUUAUGUGUCUGCUGGAGAAGAACCCCUGGAGGCCCCAGUGUUUGAGAUUCCCCUGCAGAACGCGGUGGUGGCCCCAGGGGCUGAUGUACUGCUUAAGUGUAUCAUCACCGCCAACCCCCCACCCCAAGUGUCCUGGCUCAAGGAUGGGUCCACGCUGCACAGUGAGGGCCGCCUUCUCAUCCGGGCUGAGGGCGAGAGGCACACUCUGCUGCUCAGGGAGGCCCAGGAGGCUGACGCGGGGAGCUAUGUGGCCACUGCCAUCAACGAGCUGGGCCAGGCCAGCUGUGCUGCCUCACUGGCUGUGAGACCUGGAGGGUCCACAUCCCCUUUCAGCAGUCCCAUCACUUCUGACGAGGAGUACCUGAGUCCCCCAGAGGAGUUCCCAGAGCCUGGGGAGACCUGGCCCGGAACCCCCACCAUGAAGCUCAGCCCCAGCCAGAACCACCGUUCCUCUGACACUGGCUCCAAGGCACCCCCCACCUUCAAGGUCUCACUCAUGGACCAGUCAGUACGAGAAGGCCAAGAUGUCAUCAUGAGCAUCCGUGUGCAGGGGGAGCCAAAGCCUGUGGUCUCCUGGCUAAGAAACCGCCAGCCUGUGCGCCCAGACCAGAGACGCUUUGCAGAGGAGGCUGAGGGUGGGCUGUGCCGGCUGCGGAUCCUGGCUGCCGAGCGGGGCGACGCUGGCUUCUACACCUGCAAAGCCGUCAAUGAGUAUGGCGCCCGGCAGUGUGAGGCCCGCCUGGAGGUCCGAGCACACCCUGAAAGCCGGUCCCUGGCCGUGCUGGCCCCCCUGCAGGACGUGAACGUGGGGGCCGGGGAGAUGGCGCUGUUUGAGUGCCUGGUGGCAGGUCCUGCCGACGUGGAGGUGGACUGGCUGUGCCGUGGCCGCCUACUGCAGCCUGCCCUGCUCAAAUGCAAGAUGCAUUUCGAUGGCCGCAAAUGCAAGCUGCUGCUCACCUCUGUUCAUGAGGACGACAGUGGUGUCUACACUUGCAAGCUCAGCACAGCCAAAGAUGAACUGACCUGCAGCGCCCGGCUGACCGUGCGGCCCUCACUGGCGCCCCUGUUCACCCGGCUGCUGGAAGACGUGGAGGUGCUAGAGGGCCGAGCUGCCCGCCUUGACUGCAAGAUCAGCGGCACCCCACCACCGUCCGUUACCUGGACUCACUUUGGUCACCCUGUAGAGGAGAGUGAGAACUUGCGGCUGCGGCAGGAAGGAGGUCUGCACUCACUGCACAUCGCCCACGUGGGCAGCGAGGAUGAAGGGCUCUACGCAGUCAGUGCGACCAACACCCACGGCCAGGCUAACUGCUCGGCCCAGCUGUAUGUGGAGGAGCCUCGGACAGCCGCCUCAGGCCCCAGCUCAAAGCUGGAGAAGAUGCCGUCCAUCCCUGAGGAGCCGGAACAGGGCGAGCUGGAGCGGCUGUCCAUUCCUGACUUCCUGCGGCCACUGCAGGACCUGGAAGUGGGACUGGCCAAGGAGGCCAUGCUAGAGUGCCAGGUGACUGGCCUGCCCUACCCCACCAUCAGCUGGUUCCACAAUGGCCACCGCAUCCAGAGCAGUGACGACCGGCGCAUGACACAGUACAGGGAUGUACAUCGCCUGGUGUUCCCUGCGGUGGGACCUCAGCAUGCUGGUGUCUACAAGAGUGUCAUCGCUAACAAGCUGGGCAAAGCUGCCUGCUAUGCCCACCUCUAUGUCACAGAUGUGGUUCCAGGUCCCCCAGAUGGUGCCCCGCAGGUGGUGGCUGUGACGGGGAGGAUGGUCACGCUCACAUGGAACCCCCCCAGGAGCCUGGACAUGGCCAUCGACCCAGACUCCCUGACAUACACGGUGCAGCACCAGGUGCUGGGCUCAGACCAGUGGACAGCGCUGGCCACAGGUCUGCGGGAGCCCAGGUGGGCGGCCACAGGGCUGCGGAAGGGGCUCCAGCAUGUCUUCCGGGUCCUCAGCACCACUGGCAAGAGCAGCAGCAAGCCCUCACCCGCAUCGGAGCCCACACAGCUGCUGGAGCAUGGCCCACCCCUAGAGGAGGCCCCUGCUGUGCUGGACAAACCAGACAUCGUGUAUGUGGUAGAGGGACAGCCUGCCCAUGUCACCAUCACCUUCAACCAUGUAGAGGCCCAGGUCGUCUGGAGGAGCUGCCGAGGGGCCCUCCUGGAGGCACGGACAGGUGUGUAUGAGCUAAGCCAGCCGGAUGACGACCAGUACUCUCUUCGGAUCUGUCGGGUGAGCCGCCGGGACGUGGGGUCACUCACCUGCACUGCCCGCAACCGCCAUGGCACACAGGCCUGCUCGGUCACACUGGAGCUGGCAGAGGCUCCCCGGUUUGAGUCCAUCAUGGAGGAUGUGGAGGUUGGGGCUGGAGAAACCGCUCGCUUUGCUGUGGUGGUUGAGGGGAAACCGCUGCCAGACAUCACAUGGUACAAGGACGAGGUGCUGCUGGCUGAGAGCAGCCAUGUGAGCUUUGUAUAUGAAGAGAACGAGUGUUCCUUGGUGGUGCUCAGCACGGGGACCCAGGAUGGGGGCGUCUACACCUGUACUGCCCGGAACCUGGCAGGGGAAGUCUCCUGCAAAGCAGAGUUGGCUGUGCACUCUGCUCAGACAGCUAUGGAGGUCGAGGGGGUCGGGGAGGAUGGAGAACAUCGAGGAAGGAGACUCAGCGACUUUUAUGACAUUCACCAGGAGAUUGGCAGGGGUGCCUUCUCCUACCUGCGGCGUGUGGUGGAACGCAGCUCUGGCCUGGAGUUUGCGGCCAAGUUCAUCCCCAGCCAGGCAAAGCCCAAGGCAUCAGCCCGGCGGGAAGCCCGGCUGCUGGCCCGGCUUCAGCACGAUUGCAUCGUCUACUUCCAUGAGGCCUUCGAAAGGCGCCGGGGACUGGUCAUUGUCACUGAGCUCUGUACAGAGGAGCUGCUGGAGAGAAUGGCCAGGAAACCCAUCGUGUGUGAGUCUGAGAUCCGGGCCUAUAUGCGUCAGGUACUAGAGGGAAUAUGCUACCUGCAUCAGAGCCAGGUGCUGCACCUCGAUGUCAAGCCUGAGAACCUGCUGGUGUGGGACGGUGCAGACGGCGAAGAGCAGGUGCGCAUCUGUGAUUUUGGGAAUGCCCAGGAGCUGACUCCAGGAGAGCCCCAGUACUGCCAGUAUGGCACACCUGAGUUCGUUGCUCCCGAGAUCGUCAACCAGAGCCCUGUGUCUGGAGUCACUGACAUCUGGCCUGUGGGCGUCAUUGCCUUCCUUUGUCUGACCGGAAUCUCCCCGUUUGUUGGAGAGAACGAUCGGACAACACUGAUGAACAUCCGAAACUACAAUGUGGCCUUUGAGGAGACCACGUUCCUGAGCUUGAGCAGAGAGGCCCGGGGCUUCCUCAUCAAAGUGCUGGUGCAGGACCGGAUGAGACCUACUGCAGAGGAGACUCUAGAACAUCCUUGGUUCAAAACACAGGCAAAGGGAGCCGAGGUGAGCACAGAUCACCUGAAGCUCUUCCUGUCACGUCGGAGGUGGCAGCGCUCACAGAUCAGUUACAAAUGCCACCUGGUGCUGCGCCCCAUCCCAGAGUUGCUGCGGGCGCCCCCAGAGAGGGUGUGGGUGGCCAUGCCCAGAAGAACACCCCCCAGUGGGGGGCUCUCAUCCUCCUCGGACUCGGAAGAGGAAGAGCUGGAGGAGUUGCCCACUGUUCCCCGCCCCCUGCAACCAGAGUUCUCUGGCUCCAGGGUGUCCCUCACAGACAUUCCCACUGAGGAUGAGGCCCUGGGAACCCCAGAGGCUGGUGCUGCCACUCCCAUGGAUUGGCAAGAGCUGGGAAGGGCUCCCUCUCAGGACCAGGAGGUUCCCAGCCCUCAGGCCCUCCCCUCUCCAGGCCAGGAGCCCCCAGCUGGGUCCAGUCCCAGGCGGGGAGAGCUCCGCAGGGGUAGCUCCGCUGAGAGCGCCCUGCCCCGGGCUGGGCCGCGGGAGCCGGGCCGGGGCCUGCACAAGGCGGCGUCUGUGGAGCUGCCGCAGCGCAGGAGCCCCAGCCCGGGAGCCACCCGCCUGGCCCGGGGAGGCCUGGGCGAGGGCGAGUACGCCCAGAGGCUGCAGGCGCUGCGUCAGCGGCUGCUACGAGGAGGUCCGGAGGACGGCAAGGUCAGCGGCCUCAGGGGCCCCCUGCUGGAAAGCCUGGGAGGCCGUGCCCGCGACCCCCGAAUGGCGCGGGCUGCCUCCAGCGAGGCAGCGCCACACCACCAGCCGCCACCCGAGACGCGGGGCCUGCAAAAGAGCAGCAGCUUCUCGCAGGGAGAGGCGGAGCCUCGGGGGCGGCACCGCCGCGCCGGGGCACCCCUCGAAAUCCCUGUAGCCAGGCUUGGGGCCCGCAGGCUACAGGAGUCUCCCUCCUUGUCUGCCCUCAGCGAGGCCCAGCCGCCCAGCCCCGCGCGUCCCAGCGUUCCCAAACCUAGUAUCCCCAAACCUAAGGAACCCGCUACUGCCACGCCAGGUGGUUCUUCCCAGCCCUCCGCACCCCUGCCUACCCCCGAGAAGGCCCCAGAGCCCACGCCAGAACCAGGCCGAGCCUCCAGGCCGGCACAGCUCCCCGUGGCUCUGCAAACCCCAGCGCUGCCCCUCACGCCCUAUGCCCAGAUCAUGCAGUCGCUCCAGCUGGCCGGUCACGCCCAGCCCUUACAGAGCCCCCCAUCGCCCUCGUCAGAGCCCAAACCCCACGCGGCCGUGUUCGCCAGGGUGGCCUCCCCGCCUCCAGGAGUCCCAGAGAAGCGCUUGCCUUCACCCAGGGCUCCCCCAGUGCUAGUCGAGAAAGCCAGGGUCCCCACGGUACCCCCCAGGCCAGGCAGCAGCCUUAGCAGCAGCAUUGAGAACCUAGAGUCAGAGGCGGUGUUCGAAGCCAAGUUCAAGCGCAGCCGCGAAUCGCCCCUGUCGCGGGGCCUGCGGCUACUGAGCCGCUCGCGUUCAGAGGAGCGUGGUCCCUUCCGCGGGGCCGAGGACGAGGAUGGCAUGUACCGGCCCAGCCCGGCGGGAACCCCGCUGGAACUGGUGAGACGGUCAGAGCGCUCGCGCUCAGUGCAGGACCUGAGGGCUGUCGGGGAGCCGGGCCUCGUCCGCCGGCUCUCACUGUCGCUGUCCCAGAAGCUGCGGCGGACUCCGCCCUCACAGCGCCACCCGGCCUGGGAGGCUCGAGGCGGAGACGGGGAGAGCUCAGAGGGCGGCAGCUCAGCGCGGGGCUCCCCGGUCCUGGCGGUGCGCAGGAGGCUCAGCUCCACGCUGGAGCGGCUGUCGAGCAGGUUACAGCGCAGCGGCAGCAGCGAGGACUCCGGAGGCGCCUCGGGCCGCAGCACGCCGCUCUUUGGACGUCUGCGCAGGGCCACCUCCGAAGGCGAGAGUCUGCGACGCCUUGGCAUCCCACACAACCAAUUGGCCUCUCAGGCCGGUGCCACUACUCCUUCCGCUGAGUCUCUGGGCUCUGAGGCCAGCGCCACCUCGGGCUCCUCAGCUCCAGGGGAAAGCCGAAGCAGGCUCCGCUGGGGCUUCUCGCGGAUGCGGAAGGACAAGGGCUUAUCACAGCCAAACCUCUCUGCCAGUGUCCAAGAGGACUUGGGUCACCAGUAUGUGCCCAGUGAGUCAGACUUCCCCCCAGUCUUCCACAUCAAACUCAAGGACCAGGUGCUGCUGGAGGGGGAGGCAGCCACCCUGCUCUGCCUGCCAGCUGCCUGUCCUGCUCCCCGAAUCUCCUGGAUGAAAGACAAGCAGUCCCUUCAGUCAGAGCCUUCGGUGGUCAUCGUGUCCUGCAAAGAUGGAAGGCAGCUGCUGAGCAUCCCCCGGGCGGGCAAGCGACAUGCCGGGCUGUAUGAGUGCUCAGCCACCAAUGUCCUGGGCAGCAUCACCAGCUCCUGUACUGUGGCUGUGGCCCGUGUCCCAGGAAAACUAGCUCCUCCUGAGGUGCCCCAGACCUAUCAGGACACGGCACUGGUGCUGUGGAAGCCGGGAGACAGCCGGGCUCCUUGCACGUACACACUGGAGCGGCGGGUGGAUGGGGAGUCUACCUGGCACCCCGUGAGCUCAGGCAUCCCUGAUUGUUACUACAACGUGACACACCUGCCCAUUGGUGUAACUGUGAGGUUCCGCGUGGCCUGUGCCAACCGUGCUGGGCAGGGCCCCUUCAGCAACCCUUCUGAGAAGGUCCUCGUCAGGGGCAUUCAAGAUUCUUCAGCUCGGCCAUCUGCUGCUCACCAAGAUGCCCCUGUUACCUCAGGGCCAGCCAGGGCCCAGCCUCCUGACUCUCCUACCUCACUGACCCUGACCCCAGCUCCCCCAGCCCCCCAGUCAGCCUCUCUCAGCCCCUCAGCCCCUCUCACGCCCCCCAGCCAAGCCUGGUCGUCACUCAAGGCUGUGGGUCCACCACCCCAAACCCCCCCACGAAAGCACAGGGGCCUGCAGGCCACUCAGCAACCAGAGCCCACCCUACCCAGUGCCCAGGUCACCCUAAGUGAGCCCAAGUCUUUUGUUCCUGACACUGGGACAGGGACUCCAACCUCCACCCCUCAAGCAGUUAAACCAGCGUCUUCCUCCACUCCCCUGUAUAUGGUGACUUCCUUUGUGUCUGCACCCCCAGCCCCCGAGCCCCCAGCCCCUGAGCCCCCUCCUGAGCUCACCAAGGUGACUGUGCGGAGCCUCAGCCCAGGCAAAGAGGUGGUCAGCUCCCCUGGGGGCGGCCCCCCCAGGUCCCCCACACCAGAGGGCACUACUCUGAGACAGGGCCUCCCUCAGAAACCCUACACCUUCCUGGAAGAAAAAGCCAGGGGCCGCUUUGGUGUUGUGCGAGCAUGCCGGGAGAAUGCCACAGGCCGUACAUUUGUGGCCAAGAUUGUGCCAUAUGCAGCAGAGGGCAAACGGCAAGUCCUGCAGGAAUACGAAGUGCUCCGGACACUGCACCACGAGCGACUCAUGUCCCUGCACGAGGCCUACAUCACCCCUCGGUACCUUGUGCUCAUUGCUGAGAGCUGCGGCAACCGGGAACUCCUCUGUGGGCUCAGUGACAGGUUCCGGUAUUCUGAAGAUGACGUGGCCACCUAUGUGGUGCAGCUGCUACAAGGUCUGGACUAUCUCCAUGGCCGCCAUGUGUUACACCUGGACAUCAAGCCGGACAAUCUGCUGCUGGCCCCUGACAACACCCUCAAGAUUGUGGACUUUGGCAGCGCCCAACCCUACAACCCCCAGGCCCUGCGACCCCUUGGCCACCGCACGGGCACGCUGGAGUUCAUGGCUCCUGAGAUGGUGAAGGGAGAACCCAUUGGCUCUGCCACAGAUAUCUGGGGAGCAGGUGUGCUCACCUACAUCAUGCUCAGUGGACACUCUCCAUUCUAUGAGCCAGACCCCCAAGAAACAGAGGCUCGGAUUGUGGGGGGCCGUUUUGAUGCCUUCCAGCUAUACCCCAACACAUCCCAGAGUGCCACCCUCUUCUUGCGAAAGGUUCUCUCAGUACAUCCCUGGAGCCGGCCUUCCCUGCAGGACUGCCUGGCCCACCCGUGGCUGCAGGAUGCCUAUCUGAUGAAGCUGCGCCGCCAGACACUCACCUUUACCACCAACCGACUCAAGGAGUUUCUGGGCGAGCAGCGGCGCCGCAGGGCUGAGGCCGCCACCCACCACAAGGUGCUGCUCCGUUCCUACCCUGGCAGCCCCUAGCAUCAUGGACCACAGCCUGGCCGUGGGCUUCAACUUGGGGUUCCCACCAAUGUCAAGGGACAUUCCAGGGCCCAUGCUGAACCGGGUGGGCCCAGGGCUUCGGAUACCACCAGCAGCAACAUCUGGCCGGGUUAUUACCUCAUGGACCUGCAGGGAUAGAGGCUCUAGGGCUUCGGCCUGAUGCCACUCCCAGCCAGAGCCAGAGCAGAAGACCCCAUUGGGCAGGGGUGGGAACAGAAAGAGGGACAAGAGGGAUUGAGGAAGUGAAGAGGAAGAUACGGAAGACAGGCAGAGAGACUCUAGGAAGGUUCUGGGGGUGGGAGGCAUAUUGCAUCUCAGGGAGAAUCCAGGAGGGUGAGAGUCUGGAGAGGAAGACAAGGAAGGAGCCCCAGGUGUCAGGGACACAGGCUGAGAAUGUCAGUGAGGCAGGGACUGGACACAGAGACAGUACCAGGAGUUCUGAGCCAGGGUGUGAGAGAGGGCAGCAAGGUGGGAGGAGAGGACAGCAAACUCAGGGGGGACGAGGGGAGGGAUGGGCCAGCAGCGGCAUCUCCAGAAGCAGAGAAGAGAAAUGCUGAGAGCCCCAGGCAAGUGGCCAUGCAAGCAGUCCUUCUGUCCCAGCGGAUGCAGCUCUGGGCACUCUCUGCUGGCCCAAGGAUGUCCCCACUGUCCCUCCAUGACCUUUGCCUUUCCUGUUCAUAUUUAUUUAUUUAUUGACUUUUAUGAAGUUUUCCUUUCCAUCCAAUCCCUAUUGCUCAUGUUAUCCUGACCAUUCCCCCAGCCAUCCAGCUGUCUGUGCAGCUCUCUGUCUGUCUGUCACAAGGAAAAUAAAAACGGCAAGCAGCA